ACAGCUUUCCGCUUUCCACUUACAAGCGUGUGUGUGUGUUUUAACUAUACCAGACUUUUAGAAUCUAGCGCUUGAUAGCGAAAGUUCUUUUUGCAAUGAAUAGCUUAUCAAGAAUAUUACCGAGGGCGCUUGCAUCCAGUCAAUUACCACUGUCGGUGAUUAUGGCCAAUAGAGCCGCUUAUAUUGGAUUUAGAAGACCUAUAUUGAAUAAGAGGAUUGGAAUUAGGUCGGUUUCUAAUUCAACCAUCAACUUAUUACAAUCACAAGAACAACUUGCCAAUCUUGAUGUUAAUAAUGCCAAUGCCCAAAGUGAGUUUUACAAGUCUUUGUUGGCAAAUAAUUAUCCUCAUAUUGUUGUUCAACGUUAUGAAACACCGGGAAUUGCUGCUUCCCCUGAAUGUACUCAACUUUAUAUCGAUGCUUUGAAUAAAGUUGGGAAAAAGGGUAAAGCUGAACAAGUUUCUAGAACUUUGGCUACUACUGCCACCAGUGGAUUUCAACAAGGAUCUCCAUUGCCUCAAGGUUUUGGUUCUAGAUAUGAACCAGUUCAUGUUAUUGUUUCUGAAUCUAUUCUCACGAUUAUUUCUAAAUGGCUUAAAUGGUUAAUUCCAGUAGCCUUACUUACUUAUGGAGCAACUAAUGCUUUUAAUUAUAUGGUUGAAAAUGGUACCAUUUUCAGAAAUUCCGAAGUUGUUGAUAAAUCCGUUGAUGUUUCACAGUCUACCGUUAAGUUUAAAGAUGUUUGUGGAUGUGAUGAAGCUAGAGCUGAAUUAGAAGAAAUUGCUGAUUUCUUGAAGAACCCUUCUCGUUUCACUGGUUUAGGUGGUAAAUUACCUAAAGGUGUUUUAUUAACUGGGCCUCCUGGUACUGGUAAAACUUUAUUGGCAAGAGCCACUGCUGGUGAAGCUGGGGUUCCAUUCUUUUUCAUGUCUGGUUCUGAAUUUGAUGAAUUAUACGUUGGUGUUGGUGCUAAAAGAAUUAGAGAAUUAUUUAGUCAAGCUCGUGAAAAAUCUCCUGCAAUCAUUUUCAUUGAUGAAUUAGAUGCUAUUGGAGGUAAACGUAAUCCAAAAGAUCAAGCUUAUGCUAAACAAACUUUAAAUCAAUUAUUAGUUGAAUUAGAUGGUUUUUCUCAAACUCAAGGUAUUAUUAUCAUUGGUGCCACUAAUUUCCCUGAAUCUUUAGAUAAAGCUUUAACUAGACCUGGAAGAUUCGAUAAAGAAGUCAAUGUUGAAUUACCUGAUGUUAGAGGUCGUAUUGAUAUCUUGAAACAUCAUAUGUUAAACGUGGAAACUUCCGAUGAUGUUGAUCCUAGUAUCAUUGCUAGAGGUACUCCAGGCCUUUCUGGGGCUGAAUUAAUGAAUUUAGUUAACCAAGCUGCUGUUCAUGCUUCUCAAAUGUCUGCCCCAGCUGUUGAUAUGAUUCAUUUUGAAUGGGCUAAAGAUAAAAUUUUGAUGGGUGCCGCUAAAAAGAAGAUGGUUAUCACAGAAGAAGCAAGAAAAAAUACUGCUUAUCAUGAAGCUGGACAUGCCAUUAUGGCAAUGUACUCUCCUGCCGCCACUCCAUUAUAUAAAGCAACCAUUUUGCCAAGAGGAAGAGCCUUGGGGGUUACUUUCCAAUUACCAGAGAUGGACAAGGUUGAUAUGACCAAAAAGGAAUGUUUUGCAAGAUUGGAUGUUUCGAUGGGUGGUAAAAUUGCUGAAGAAAUGAUUCAUGGUGCUGAAAACGUUACUAGUGGUUGUUCUUCUGAUUUGGCUAAUGCUACUAGUGUUGCAAGAGCAAUGGUGACUUCUUUCGGUAUGAGUGAUAAAAUUGGACCCCUUAAAUUAAGUGAUAAUUGGGAAUCUUGGUCUCCAAAAAUUAGAGAUAUGGCUGAUAAUGAGGUCAGAGAUUAUUUAAUAGAAUCAGAAUCUAGAACUAGGCAGAUAUUAACUGAAAAGAAAUUGGAAUUACAAAGAUUGGCUGAAGGUUUAUUAGAAUAUGAAACUUUGACAAAAGACGAAAUGGAAAAAAUUGUCAAAGGCGAAACAAUAAAUAAAGAAAAAGUCAUCUCCAAUACUGUUAUAAAGAAUGCUUCUACGGAUAGAAAGGAAGUCAUUAAUGACUCCCCUCCAGUUCCUGCUGAAGUCUAG